AUGCCGGUCAAUCGAACUCCACCAAAAGGUGGAGGCGAGUCAAAUCACGAGCAACAAUCACAACAAGAACGACAACAACAGCAAGCUGUCCUAUGUUCAAAAGCAUCCAAUAAUAAUAAUCAAACAACACUUCUACAAUCAAAUCAACAGCUACAACUGCAAGAAAAAUCAUUGCAAACCCAACAAAAACAACCACAACAGAACCAGCAAAUAGAGAAACAACAAAUACAGCAGGAGUACCACAAAAAACUCCAACAAUCAAAGCAUCAUCAACACAAUUCACCAUCAAAACUCAUUCAGAAUUUGAAAAACUCUGAUAUUAACACCAGAACUGCAAACACAACGGAAGAUGCAAACACAAAUAAAAACAAUGGCUUCAACACGCCAGUAGUGAAUAAGAGAAUUCGUAGCUCCUCUGCUACAAAUAGUUUUGCUGUUUUAGCAACUGAUAAUGAUAAAGAACCCCCUAAAGAUAGCAAAACAACACAAAAUCAAACGGCUAAAAAUAAAAAACCACCACCCAUUUAA